AUGAAAGGGCUCUCGGAUAAUGAAAAGAAAGAUGCAACAGGCUUUUUCAGUGUUAUUCGAAGGCAUAGUGACACUCAUUCCAAUCCCACAAGUGAUCUCCAUAUCAUCCCAAUCUCUCAAGAAUAUUCUACAUUUUUGGAAAAGGCUGCUGAAUUAUUGAAUAAAGCAGGGGAUUUAACCACUUCACCUAGUUUGAAGAGAUUUUUACAUAGCAAGGCUAAAGCUUUCCUCUCAAAUGACUAUUAUGACUCUGAUAUAGCUUGGAUGGAACUGGAUUCUAAGUUGGACGUUACUAUUGGACCAUAUGAGACUUAUGAAGACGUACUAUUUGGAUACAAGGACUUGAAGAAAAAUCUUCCAAUGGAUGACAUGUACAAAUCAGAAGAUGUGACAUUUGCACCUAUUCGCAUCAUCCAACUUGUUUAUAAUUCAGGGGACGUGAAGGGCCCACAAAUUCAAGCCUUUAAUCUUCCGAAUGACGAGCGUAUUGUAAAAGAUCGUGGUACAUCAAUGGUCAUGUUGAAGAAUGUUUCUGAAGCAAAGUUCAAUCUAAUUCUUCAGCCUAUAACUGACUUGAUUAUUAUAGAGGAACAACGGGAGCUGGUUAACUUUGACUCUUUUUUCACUCACACGAUUUGUCAUGAAUGUUGUCAUGGUAUUGGACCACAUACAAUAACACUUCCUAGUGGUGAAAAGUCUACCGUGAGAUUGGAGCUACAAGAACUUCAUACGACUCUUGAAGAAGCUAAAGCAGACAUUGUCGGCCUGUGGGCCCUUAAUUUCCUUAUUUCAAAGGACUUGCUUCCAAAGAGCCUUGUAAAAUCAAUCUAUGUAUCUUUCCUUGCUAGUUGCUUUCGAACAGCACGUUUCGGGUUAGAGGAAGUUCAUAGUAAAGGACAAGCACUACAGUUUAACUGGCUACUUGAGAAAGGAGCUUAUGUUUUGCAUCCUGAUGAGACAUUCUCUGUUGACUUUGAAAAUAUUGAAGGUGCGGUUGAGAGCUUAAGUAGGGAAAUACUUACAAUACAGGCCAAAGGGGACAAAGAUUCUGCACAAAAGCUCCUGGAAAAAUAUGGUCAAAUGACAAAGCCUCUGCUUUAG